GUGGGUGCGCGCGCGCGCGCGUGCGUGUGUGAGCGCGAGCGCGGUGCCGUUUCCUGUACAGACUCUUUAUCCAGAGACGGAGCAUGGCGGCCACUGAGAUAGCUCGACAAGCGGGAGAGGGCGCACGUACAGUGCCACUUUCUGGCCAUGUUGGCUUUGACAGCAUGCCGGACCAGCUGGUCAACAAGUCUGUUAACCAUGGCUUCUGCUUCAACAUCCUCUGCAUUGGGGAGACAGGUUUGGGAAAGUCCACUCUCAUGGACACCCUUUUUAACACCAAGUUUGAGGGUGAGCCAACACAACACAACCAGCCAGGGGUGCAGCUGAAGUCCAACACAUAUGAGCUGCAGGAAAGCAACGUGCGUCUUAAGCUGACUGUUGUUAACACGGUUGGCUUCGGAGACCAGAUCAACAAAGAGGACAGCUACAAAUCGAUUGUGGAGUUCAUUGAUACUCAGUUUGAGGCUUACCUUCAAGAGGAGCUGAAGAUCAAGCGUACACUUCACAAUUAUCAUGACUCGCGCAUUCAUGCCUGUCUGUAUUUCAUUGCACCCACUGGACACUCCUUAAAAUCUUUGGACCUGGUGACCAUGAAGAAGCUGGACAGUAAGGUGAAUAUCAUCCCCAUCAUUGCCAAGUCAGAUGCCAUCUCAAAGAGUGAACUGGCCAAGUUCAAAAUUAAGAUUACCAGUGAGCUCGUCAGCAAUGGAGUACAGAUUUACCAGUUCCCCACUGAUGAUGAGACUGUGGCAGAGAUCAACUCCACCAUGAAUGGCCAUUUGCCGUUUGCUGUAGUGGGAAGUACUGAGGAAGUAAAGAUCGGGAACAAGAUGGUGAAGGCUCGGCAGUACCCAUGGGGAACUGUUCAGGUGGAAAAUGAGAACCACUGUGACUUUGUGAAGCUGAGAGAGAUGCUGAUCCGAGUCAACAUGGAGGAUUUGAGGGAGCAGACCCACACGCGCCACUAUGAGCUCUAUCGCCGCUGCAAGCUGGAGGAGAUGGGCUUUAAAGACACUGAUCCUGACAGCAAACCUUUCAGCCUGCAGGAGACUUAUGAGGCCAAGAGGAAUGAGUUCAUGGGUGAGCUGCAGAAGAAGGAAGAAGAGAUGAGGCAGAUGUUUGUUCAGAGAGUGAAAGAGAAAGAAGCUGAGCUGAAGGAGGCAGAAAAGGAGCUGCAUGAGAAGUUUGACCGUCUGAAGAAGCUGCACCAAGAUGAGAAGAAGAAGCUAGAAGAUAAAAAGAAGGCUCUUGAUGACGAGCUGAACAUCUUCAAGCAGAAGAAAACGGCAGCUGAACUUCUGCAGUCCCAGGCCCAGCAAGCAGGCAGCUCCACCACACUCAAGAGGGACAAAGAGAGGAAAAACUUCUUUUAAACCUCUCGUGGCCGCCUGUCAAAAGAGGGAAUUGCAGCUUCCUCAAGAACUAAGCACCUCUUUCCUCUUCCCACCUUUCACUCUGUCAGCUGUUUUUUUUUUUUUUGUUUUGUUUCAUAUAUAUUAUUCUUUUUUGGAAACUUUGUUGUCUGUUCAGUUGAACAUGGUCAUAUGUGGGCUUUACAUGGUAUUUUCUGCAAGAAGUAUCCACUCUUUUCUAUUUAGUCACAGCUAACAGUCCCACACUAAUAUUUUUUAUAACUUUGUGAUGAUACUGGAACCAUAGUUCUGGUAGUAAAAUAAAGCAUGGGGGGGGGGGGGGGUAAUUUGUCAAAACAUAAGUUUUUAUAAAUUAUAAAAGAUAUAUCACUUUGCAUACAUAGCUUUCAUUUAUGCCCCAAUCUUUUGCAUUUACAAAUCUAAUUUUCUCUUUUGAGGAUGUGUUUUGUGCUGACUCUGACUGUGAGAUAGAAAGACCCAAAGAAGAACUGCAUGUUACCUGUUUAAUUUAUUAGACUCUUAAUAAUUAAACAAUAAAAUAAAUCUAUAAAUUGCUUGCAGUGCACAGGUAUUUAACAGGCUGAUUUUAAGUUCCAACAAUGAUGAUUUGAUUUUUUAUUAAUAAUCCAUCCCCUAUUUUGUUGAAUUUUAACGGCUGUGGUUUUAAAAAAGCCCCUCUGAAUACCAUGUAGGUCACAUUCAGAGUCCCUUUUUUCCACUUCAUGCUUUGCCUUAUCCAAUCAGCCUUUGCAUGUUUUAUAUGCUUCAAUGUAAAAGCUUUCUCUGUUGGCCCCUGGGCCACAUGGGGGGGUAGGUAGUAUCACAGGUCUAUGGGCACUAAUACAUUUCUGCAGAUUUCACUUGAAAACCAUGUCCUGGAAAUAGUACACUUUUAGAUAUGUUAUUUUGGCAGUUAAAUUGCGAUGGCAGGCAUAGUGCAUAUUUAUGUAUAAUUUAUAAGGAUAUAUUUUGUGUAUUGAGGUAGAAAUGUGUUGAUGAUCAAUCACACAGUUGGUAGGUGGUCAUUCUGGUUGUCAGGCUGCAUUGUUAUCCUAGCAUCUUUCAUCGGUUAACCUCUGCGUCUGUACGAACAAAAUUGUGAAAUAUUUAAUUGUGGUAAGAUUUCAUCUGUGUACAUUUUGAAUAAAAAAAGAAUCUGUCAGAAA